UGUGAACGCGGAGAUGUCAAGAACGCGCACAUCACAUGGCCGUAAAUACGUCAGUGAAGCGCGCCGUUCUUUCUUUCUCUCGUCCUGAAGAUGGCGGCAGGGACUCUGUACACGUACCCAGAAAACUGGCGGGCCUUUAAGGCCCAGAUUGCAGCCCAGUACAGUGUGCUCGCCUCAAAGUUGCCACAAGCUCCCCUGCCUUCACCUUCGGGCAGACGAACCGUACUUCUGCCUUCCUCAACAACUUCCCUCUGGGCAAAGUACCUGGCCUACCAGGGAGAUGACGGCGUCUGUCUGUUUGAGAGUAAUGCCAUUGCUCACUACUUGAGCAAUGAUACCCUGCGUGGGGCCACUCCUCAGGCAGCAGCUCAGGUGCUGCAGUGGGUGAACUUCGCUGACUCAGAGAUCAUUCCUCCAGCCAGCGCAUGGGUGUUCCCCACUUUGGGAAUCAUGCAGUUCAACAAGCAGGCCACAGAGCAGGCCAAGGAGGAUGUGAAAAACUACCUUGCUGUGCUGAAUCAACACCUGAACACCCGUACCUUCCUUGUGGGAGAGAGGGUCACCCUUGCAGAUAUCACCGUGGUCUGCUCCAUGCUCUGGCUCUACAAACAGGUCCUGGAACCUUCUUUCCGUCAGCCAUACACCAAUGUGACCCGCUGGUUUGUCACCUGUGUCAACCAGCCACAGUUCAAGGCUGUCCUGGGAGAGGUCAAGCUGUGUGAAAAGAUGGCCCAAUUUGAUGCCAAGAAAUUUGCUGAGAUGCAGCCCAAGAAAGAGACUCCUUCCAAGAAAGAGAAGGGAGGAAAGGAGGCUGGCAAGCCCCAGGAGAAGAAGGAGAAGAAGAAAGAGGAGAAAAAGGAAGAGAAGAAGCCUGAUCCUGAAGAGGAAAUGGAUGACUGUGAUGCUGUUUUGGCUGCAGAGCCCAAAGCCAAGGACCCCUUUGCACACCUGCCAAAGAGCACAUUUGUAAUGGAUGAGUUCAAGAGAAAGUACUCCAACGAGGACACCUUGACAGUAGCCAUUCCCCACUUCUGGGAGCACUUUGACCGUGAGGGCUACUCAAUCUGGUACAGCCAGUACAAAUACCCUGAGGAGCUCACGCUUACCUUCAAGAGCUGCAACCUUAUCACAGGUAUGUUCCAGCGGCUGGACAAACUCAGAAAGAAUGCCUUUGCUAGUGUCAUCUUGUUUGGCACCAACAAUGACAGCGGCAUCUCUGGUAUCUGGGUCUUCAGAGGCCAGGAACUGGCAUUCACUCUCUCUGAAGAUUGGCAGAUUGACUAUGAAUCAUAUGACUGGCGCAAGUUGGAUCCGGACAGUGAGGAGUGCAAGACCAUGGUAAAGGAGUACUUUGCCUGGGAAGGAGACUUCAAGCAUGUGGGUAAAUCCUUCAACCAGGGCAAGAUCUUCAAGUGAGAGGACAUUGAGACAGUCAAACAAAAGCACUCUGCGCUUCUGCUCUACAACACUUAAAACCUAUGGACUUCGAGCCACACAUGCUUACUUACCUGCAGGAAUAACUCGGAAUGACAGUAUUUGAAGACAAGAAUGACAGUUCUCUCAGUGGCCUCCAAACUGGUUUUCUGGUUGUUUGAUGUGCAAAAUAAAGCAUUUUCCUCAAUGCUA